AGUAGUACCAGUACGCUUACUUCCACCUGUGUUGUUUUUACUGGUUUUUUCCCACUGGGCAGGUUUUUGCAGCCCACACAAUUUUUUUAAAAAAAAUCUUAAUUUUGUGCACUGUUGUUUCUUUUUGUCACUGAUGUUGCUGCCUUUUAAUGAUCACUUUAAUCAUUAUUAAUUUGAUCAUUGUUAAUCAUUUGAAGAUAAUGUUAGUUUAUUAAUCACUUCACAGCAGAACUGAACACAGAGAGAUGGGACCUCUACUAGAAGAACAAAUUGGAGAAAUGAAAGGGGCCUAGGGAGGCCCGCAGUCACAGUGAAUGUUGCAAACUUGCCCAGUCUUUCAAAAAAAAUGUGCUCAGCAGUGGGUGUCCACCUUUUAUCUUUGUUUGAAGGAUCUAUUUUCAAAUGAAUUAAUAAGCACACCCAGAAGUGAAAAACAAAAUUUUCUUUUUAAAAAAAAGGUACCUGGAAAUUAACAUAUUGGUUGUACUGCAGUAGACCAGUAUACAUCCUUCACAAGUUUUACUGGUUUUCCCGCCUGGAUGGGCACCUUUCCCUCUGUUAUGUGGAAGUGCUGCAUGUAAGAACCUGCCCUGGUGCGGUGUUUGAAAAUGGCAUUCACAAAUCAAUGGCAGCAUUAAGCUCUAUGGUCAGAUACAAUGGCGGCAGUCGCAAAAUUUGCAUUUGUCAGAUUCCUUGAUGACAAUGGGGUAUCUAGGAUUGUGUCCAUUCAGGAGGACGUCCAAAAGUUUAAGCUCCUGACACACAAUCCCAGCAGGGUAUAUAUGGUUCGAUGGAUCCAGGCGAGCAUUGGCAAGUCAGAGGACUAUAACUCUGGUGAAUAUAUGCGGAGCCCCAAUGAUCCAUACUAUAAAGCACAGAUCAUGCUUCUCGCAGAGUCCCCUGAAGAGAUCAGAGCUGAAAGAGCUAAACAUAAACUGCUGAAGUAUCCUACCUGGGAUAGCAAUGUGGAAUCGGACAGUGCCAGUCAUGGGCCUGGCCCAAGCAGGAACACACAGGGGAAGAGAGUAUUAGAGGCCACUGGUGUGACAAGGGAUAAGAGAGCUCGGACAGAAAGUGCGUGGAGAAAACAUCUGCAGAGGCUAAUAGAUGGUUUCAAGACCGAGAUGCCCGACUGUGCUCUGGGGAAUAUGACAGAUGCCCUCUCUGUAUCAGGAGGGUUUGUGAAUGAGAUGACCCCGCCACCAAGGAUGGUCGGACAUGACUGGCAGGAAAGGAAACCAGGGCUCAUGCAGGUGGAAGCUGAGAACAAAGUCCUCAGGCAGAAGGUGGAGUCCCUAAACAGUGACCUGCAGGAGGCUACAAGAAUCAUCCGUCGCCUGCAGGAGAGAAUGGACCAGCUGCAGGACCUCAACUGCCGACUCCAAGAGCGACUCCUAAACCGCGCCCAGCCACGCCAACCUGCACUGUCCAGACGGGCCGUGGAUCUGACAAGACCAGCACUGCCCAGAUCAGUGCAGAUGAAUACGGAGCCUUCACCCACAUUCACUGGCACAGACGGAGAGACCAGCACCUGUGCAGACAAUCUCUAUAUUCCUAUCGAUGGAAUGGUUCAACUUCAGGGUGGUCUGGAGAUUACAGAGCGCCAAUGGGAAAAUGUUCUGCGAUCGAAGACAAACUCGAUGUUUGUCAAGACCCUGGCUGCCGCUGUAUGGGGCUCGGACGUGCUCCGCAAUAGGUCGAUUCAUGGCAGAGUGUGUGCCCGCUUCAUCAAUGCGGACACACCUCCGGUACCGAAGCCUGCACUUUCUCCUGUUAAACUGAGUGCUAUUAAAGCUUGCUACGGCCACUAUCUCAGAUCUAAGGGGAUGAGUACUGAAGGGGUCUGUAAGGAGCAAGCCCGGGUCCAUGGUUAUAUAUCAGAGAAGAUCAUGGACCUAAACAGAACAAGAAAGAGCAGCCUGGCACAAGAGUCGGUGUCACAGUGAAGAGGAGGGAGGGACUCUGCAUUUUUAUAAAUGUUUCUUUCUUUUUAAGUGUUGCCAUUUUCAUAGUGCGGUGUACGCUGUUAUGAUUUAGAUUUCCAAUAAAAUAGGUUUCAGAAUCUUCAA